AUGACCCUCCUGUCACUCCCACCAGAGAUACUGAGUAUCAUCUGCGACUACACCAUAUUUGACCGCCUGGGGCCUGAACGACGCUUACACCCAUGUACCAACUGCCGGUAUCUCAACAGAGGCGCGCGACGGAAGGAGCACGGCUGUCCUCCCCUCCUCCUCUGCUGCCGACACCUCCACAACAUAUCAAGCCAAGUCUUCUACCAGCACGUCACCAUUGUCGUCGGCCUAGACUACCACUCCCAGCCUUACUACUUUCGAUGCUACCCGACACCGGACCGCGACAAGGAUAUCUUCUCGGUUCUGCUGGGCCGGACCUCGAUCCUCCCGCACAUCCGGAACCUCGAGCUGCUGAUCGCGCGGAGCAUCUCCUACAACCCCGGCACGCAGACCACGUGUCGAGACAUCGCGUUCCGCUCCAACUGGGAGGACUUGCCCACUGUCAUCUCCUCGUUCACGGCCCGCCUCCCAAGCCUACACUCCCUGUCAUACACGGUCGGGGUGGGGGCCUUGCCCAACGAGGCGCUGUGCAUAUGGCCUCACGCGACGAAGACGGAACAGAUCCACCGCUUCAUACCGGACGAGACCGUCUUCGAGGACACGUCGACCUGGCCGAUCCCGUUAUCUUACUACGUCUCACUGAGCACGCUGCUGCAGGCAUCAGACGCCGGGCUUGGUGGUCGUGAAGUCAACGUCACGCGUCUGCGUCUCUGGCUUACGCGUCUUCGAGUCCCAGCCCUGAAACAAUUUGUCCGCGGGCUGAGCAGUGGCGAUGCCCCGGAGCAGGGCGGUACUCCUGCCUCACAAGCGCCCGACGACGAGGCCCUCGCGUGGAGAGCGCUCUUACGCAAUCAUACCUUCUCCAAGGUGAUAUUGCAGCUGCCGAGGCUGAGGGUCCUUGACGUAUAUGUCCCCGAGGGUCCGUCUAUGGGUGCGAAUAUGGACGGCCCGUGGGAAGACCCGCCGGUCGAUGGCGCUAUGGCUUGGACGCUGACGCGCGCAUUGGAGACGAUCUUUCCGCAUGUCAAGACGAUACGUCUCUGGCGGGCGGGGUGCGAGAACGUCACGAGUGGGAAGUAUGCGGUGUUUUAG